AUGGCUCAAGUUGCUUCUGUCAACACUAACCACCGCCGACAAAGGCACGGUUGGCUCACACAACCCCAGAUGACUGGCUUUGACUCUCUCAGUGUAACAUCUCUCCACAAACAACAACAACAUCAAGAACAGCAGCAGCGAACCAUGGAUGUGGACGAGGGUGGGGCUGACAUCCCCGACAUUCCUUUCAAGCGUCCCGCAAGCCGAAUGCCUCCAGACCAGGCGUUUAACCCGUCGCGAUUUCAGGAGGCUUGGGAAGACGAAGACACGAACUGGGCUACCCACCAAAGGCCCAUCAAUCCUAAUGACAUUGCCCCCAGACAAGACAGAAGUGCCGUACAGUCUCCUGACAUCCCUCACAGGGGGAGAGUCAACUCUCCUGAAUCCAUGAAUGUCCAGCAAAGGUAUACGUCGUCGAGCCCGCCGAGAAGCCCUCGAACACGGUCUUCGAGGUCCAGAGCCAACUCGACGACGUCAUCGUACCAAACGAAUAACACCUCACUUCCCCCUCUGCAGACCAAAGGCGCCGGCGAUGACGAGAUCCUCGAGCCGUUAGCCGAGGAAGAGAUUGAACUCGGAUCCUUCGACCUUGUAGUGCCGUCACACGGCGAUAACGGACAGUACUCUUUGGAGGAUCGGUCCGAGCUUCUUUUCUCCAAAGACCACUUGAAGGCCAUUUUCAAAGACCGUAUCCUCCUACAGCGGUUCACCGACUUCCUUCACUCCGCCCGCCCCGACUCUCUGCCCCUUCUCACAUACUACCUCGACUGUCUGAAGGCACUACGUGCCAUCUCUUAUUCAAACGCAAUCGCAAAUGGUCUGGAUACCCUGCCGGAGCAUACGUUCUCAACAGAAAACACCAACAACACAAGUAACAGCUCACUGGAGAAGAAGACAGAGGCUGCUUUUGAUGUUCUCGUCCAGGAAGACCUCCCUGCUUAUAUCACAUACACGUGGAUUCAGACAGUCAGCGUAUCUAUCAAGCGGCGUAUUACAGGAACACUUCCUGUCCAACUGAGAGAGAUGUCCGAAGGCUUAGCAGAGGUCUUCUGCUUGACAGAUCCAUCAAGGCAUGAUAAUCCCAUUGUCAUGGCGUCAGAAGAAUUCCACAGAACAACACAAUAUGGAAUGAACUAUGUCAUCGGCCGCAACUGUCGCUUCCUUCAAGGCCCGAAGACAAACCCCUACAGCGUAAAACGAUUACGCGAGAGGUGUCUGGCUGGCAAGGAGCAUUACGAAACGUUCCUCAACUACCGCCGAGACGGCUCACCCUUCAUGAACCUGCUCAUGGUGGCCCCGCUAUAUGAUAGUCGCGGCACUGUCCGCUACUUCAUUGGUGCCCAGGUCGACGUCUCGGGUCUUGCCAAGGAAAGCUCCGGUCUUGAAGCACUGCAAAGCCUUGUCGUCAAAAAGGAGGCUACCACCACCGCCAUCAACGGUCAAAGGAACUACAAGACAGAGGAAGAGAAGGAUGAGUUCCAGGAGCUGAGUGAGAUGUUCAAUAUGGCUGAGCUCGAAACAGUCCGCAGGCGGGGCGGAAACAUGCACCGCGUGCCACAGGACGAGAACCAAGCGUCAACAUCGACGAACUGGCACAAGCCCCGGAUUCUGAUCCAGGAUGAAUCCUCCUCUGUCCACCAGUCUAACCCUGCAGUACCACUGACGAGCGGUAGGCUCUCGGGCGUCUACGAACACUACCUCCUUGUCCGCCCCUACCCCAGCCUUCGCAUUCUCUUCGCCUCCCCGUCGCUCCGACUGCCUGGCAUCCUCCAGUCCAACUUCAUGGACCGAAUUGGCGGCUCCAACCGCGUGCGCGAGGGCCUCUCGCACGCCUUCGCCGACGGCCAUGGCGUCACGGCCAAAGUCCGCUGGAUCAGCAAGUCCAGCAGCGAGGGUCGCGUGCGCUGGAUCCACUGCACCCCCCUCCUCGGAAGCAACGGCGCCGUCGGUGUGUGGAUGGUCGUCCUCGUCGACGACGAGACCGAGGCUGGUGUCAAGAACCGCAAGGAAGCGCCCCCUGUGGAUGGCCGUCUGCGCAGAACUGGCGCCCUGGGCCAGCAGCCGCGUCCUUCAAUCGAUGACAACAUGAGCCUCUCGGGCUUUGCCGCGAUGAACCGGGCCCGAGAUGAAAUUGACGAGCCUAUUGCUGAUUUAGACAUGGACGGGCCCGAUCGCCCCUUGAGUCGUGCAAGCCGCGAGAGCCUGUCGAGUCGGCUGAGCCGGGGGCCGGUCAGUGCGCCGCAUCAACCCGGACCUCCUCGCGACUCCGAUGAUCCUGACGGCGGGCCAUCUCGGCCUGCGUUCACGGUAAGGCUGGGAGAAGAUUGA